AUGAAUAUCCAGCUGAAGAUUUUCUCGAGGUCUGCCAGACCGGUCUGCCGACUGACUUUUCUUUCUCAAAGCCCAAUUUCAACCCCUCUUUUGCUUUCCAGCAGACCCAGCCGUCGCGCCUUUUCUUCGUCGAACCCUCUUUACGAAAACGACGGUCAACAACUGCCCGACAUGGCGCCCAAGUCCAAGUUUGAGCUCAAGACCCCUAAGGGCACCAAGGAUUGGUUCGGCAAGGACAUGAUCAUUCGCGAGAAGAUCUUUUCGCAAUUGAAGGGUGUUUUCCAGAAGCACGGUGGCAUGGAACUUGAUACCCCUGUUUUCGAGUUGAAAGAGAUUCUCUCAGGCAAGUACGGCGAAGACUCGAAGCUCAUCUACGACCUGGCCGACCAGGGCGGUGAACUUACCUCCCUUCGAUACGAUUUGACCGUCCCGUUUGCGCGAUGGCUCGCCAUGAACAAGGAUAUCCAGAGCGUCAAGCGCUACCACAUCUCCAAGGUCUACCGCCGUGAUCAGCCCGCCAUGAACAAGGGCCGCAUGCGCGAGUUCUACCAGUGCGAUUUCGAUAUUGCCGGCACCUACGACUCCAUGCUCCCCGACGCCGAGAUCAUCCGCAUCGUCGUUGAGGUCUUCGAGGGCCUUGGCUGGAACGGAAACUACACCAUCAAGCUUAACCACCGCAAGAUCCUCGACGGUAUCUUCGAGGUAUGCGGCGUCCCCGAGGACAAGAUCAGGACGAUAUCCUCCGCCGUCGACAAGCUCGAUAAGCUGCCCUGGGCGGAUGUGCGCAAGGAGAUGACCGAGGAGAAGGGUCUGGACGGGGAGAUCGCCGACAAGAUUGGCGAGUGGGUUGUCCAGAAGGGCAAGCAGGACCUGCUCCGCAAGCUGCAGCGGGAUGACAAGCUCGCCGCCAACGCCUCGAUGAAGGCUGGUAUGGCCGACCUGGAGCUCCUGUUCAGCUACCUCGAGGCCUUUGGCGCUCUUGACAGAGUGUCUUUCGACCUCUCUCUUGCUCGUGGUCUCGACUACUACACGGGUGUUAUCUACGAGGUCGUCACCGAAGGUUCCGCCCCCGCUGCCACCCCCGGUGCGGAUGACACAACAGUCAAGCCCAAGAAGAAGAGCAAGAACAAGGACAAGGACGACGAUGACCGUUCCGACGACCCUAGCGUCGGUGUCGGCAGUGUCGCAGCCGGUGGACGGUACGACAACCUCGUCGGCAUGUUCUCCGGCAAGACUCAGAUCCCCUGUGUCGGAGUUUCAUUCGGAAUUGAGAGAAUCUUCAGCAUCACCAAGGCCAGAAUGCAGGCCGAGAGCGAGGCCCCCCAAAGCACAGUGGACGUCUACGUCAUGUCCUUGGGAUCCAAGGCCGGUCUGAUCAAGGAGCGCCUUGAGGUCUGCUCGAAGCUGUGGGACGCCGGCAUCAAGGCCGAGUUCCUCUACAAGGUCAAGCCCAAGCUGCCUCCUCAGUUCAAGGCCGCCGAGGCCAACGCCACGCCGUUCGCCGUCAUCCUCGGAGACGACGAGAUCCAGAAGGGCGUUGCCAGAAUCAAGGAGUUGGGCCUGCCUGAAGGCCACCCCCAGAAGGACGGCGAGCUGGUCGACAUGGCGGCUCUCGUCCCCGAGGUGCAGAAGCGUCUGUCGCGGAAGCGCGAGCUGGACGACAUUGCGCGACAGGCCGAGGGCCUGAGAGUGGUCGGCGGACUGAAGGGUGAGGACGUCAAGAGCGCGUCGGCCUCCGAGGUUGGUACUGUCGUCGAGACACCGGCUGCCGACGCCGAGGCGCCGGUUGCCGCUGUUACACAAGAGGCGAAGCCGGCGGCGGAGUCGGAGGAGAGCAAGCCUGCGCCAAGCGCAUAA